AGUACAGUGGCAUCACACAAAGUGAAGUACACUUGUCAGACUGUCAGAGGUCGGACAGAACAAACUAUGUUAGAAUCUCCGCCGUACCAUUCGGAACUAGAAUCAGAUUCUCUCUCUGUCCUCUUGUCCGUUUUCCUUCUUCUUUCUCUUUCUGACUUCUGAGUUUCUGAAGCCAAAACGGUCAGUGCAGCAUCGGUUACACCUUCAUAGGAACAAAGAGACAUCCAAGUCAGUCCCCAAAACAAACAGAGUUUUUGAGAUGAGUGUGAUCGAUUUGAUCACGAGGGUUGAUACGAUAUGUAAGAAAUACGAAAAGUACGACAUCGAUAAGCAAAAGGACCUCAACAAUGUCUCUGGUGGCGACGCAUUUGCUCGUCUCUACGGCGUCGUUGAGGCCGACCUUGAAGCUGCUCUUCAGAAAUCGGAGACUGCGGCAACUGAGAGGAGCAGGGCUUCUGCGGUUGCUAUGAAUGCGGAAAUUCGACGAACCAAGGCUCGAUUGCUUGAAGAGCUACCCAAAUUGAGAAGACUUGCUCCUAAAAAGGUGAAGGGGCUUUCGAGAGAAGAUCUUGAAGCUCGGAGUGAUUUGGUUUCUGUACUGCAAGAGAGGAUAGAAGCAAUACCUGAUGGAUCAACAAGUGGAGCUAAACAAGCCGGUGGUUGGACAGAUUCAACCUCGUCGUAUGGAGGGAUUAAAAUUGAUUCAACUUCAGAUGGGAGAUUUGAUAGUGAGUACUUCCGACAAACUGAGGAGUCGGAUCGCUUUAGAAAUGAGUAUGAAAUGCGAAGAAUGAAACAGGAUCAAGGUUUAGAUGUUAUAGCAGAAGGGUUGGACACAUUAAAACAUAUGGCCGGUGACAUGAAUGAGGAAAUAGAUAGACAAGUGCCUUUGAUGGAUGAAAUAGAUGAUAAGGUUGAGAGGGCAAAUGCUGACCUUAAGAACACCAAUGUGAAACUCAAGGAUACCAUAAUCCAGCUUAGGUCCAGCCGGAACUUCUGCAUUGACAUUAUACUCCUGUGUCUAAUUUUAGGAAUCGCGGCUUAUCUGUACAAGUAA